AUGUCGUCCUUUAUUUCACCCGACAAGCUGCCCCAGGGCCCAUCUGUUACAUUCUAUAACUCGUCAUUUUUCACGCGGGGUUCAGAAACGCCUACCCUCCCAACUCCUUCCGAAGUCUUAGCUAGACCUAAUUUUAUUCAGCACCCACAUGUUGAGAGCAUGAAACUGCGCCUGCCAGCCGUGUUUGAGGAACUUGGACUUGUCGUCAAGCAUAGCGAUAACUCGACCGCCAUCAUCUCAGAAGGGCAGUGUCUCUGGGCCGUUCGUCGGUUUUUACCUGAAGUUCCUGUUCCAGAAGUUUAUGGAUGGACACAGGAGAACGGCCUUACAUUCCUUUAUAUGGAGUAUAUUGAAGGGACCACUUUGAAGGACCGUUGGGACAGUUUGACAGUCUUAGAAAAGGAGGGCGUCUGUGGAGAGCUCAAAACAAUGGUCAACCAGAUAUCUCAUCUUCGACAAGCACCUGGCAAUGAAUUCAUCGGUAGCAUUAAUCGUGGGCCACUGGAAGAUAUGAUCUUUACUGGUACAAACUUUCCCCCUGUUGGUCCUUUCUCUUCGAUCACUGAACUUCACGAUUGUAUGUCCAACAUGUUUAAGUGGCCAGCCAAGGCGAGACAACCAGAUAUUGAUCUUGCCAAUGUAUUGGAUCCAUAUCGAGAUCUGUUACCGGAUGAUUGCGCUAUCCAUUUUACCCACGCCGAUCUUAACCCUGUCAAUAUUAUGGUUUCUAAAGAUUCGCCUUGCCGUGUCAUGGCCAUUAUUGACUGGGAACAGUCCGGUUGGUAUCCAGCCUACUGGGAGUUUUUUAAGGUUGAGAUGACCACAAAACUCGGUUCAGAAUGGCAGACUGAAUAUUUGCCCAAAGUGUUGGAUGAGCCAGAUCCGGAUUGUUGUGAAGCAUUUUGCUCUUAUGUUAACUCAUACGCACCUUGA